AGCUCUGAGAGCAAACCGAUUGAAGUAGGUCGUAUACCGUGGAUGUAAAGUGAAGGAGGGUUUUGCGGCCCGGUUACUUGGCACGUUUAUGGUUAUCAGAUUUGACAAUAAACAUCGGACCGCUCUGCAUGAUUUGGAGUUAACGAUACGUCAACAUGGGUGGGUUGCUCAGUUAUUUCCGUAACCUGCUCGGCAGCCGCGAGAUGCGGAUUUUGAUCCUGGGCUUGGAUGGUGCCGGCAAAACUACGAUUUUGUACAGGUUACAGGUAGGCGAAGUGGUAACUACAAUACCAACAAUAGGGUUCAAUGUAGAACAAGUUACUUAUAAAAAUUUAAAGUUCCAAGUUUGGGAUCUGGGUGGUCAGACGAGUAUACGGCCAUAUUGGAGGUGUUAUUAUUCCAAUACAGAUGCGAUAAUUUAUGUGGUAGAUUCAGCAGACAGAGAUAGAAUAGGCAUAUCAAAGGACGAAUUAAUUCUCAUGUUACAAGAAGAAGAGUUACAAGGCGCGAUCUUGGUGGUGCUGGCGAACAAACAAGAUAUGGCGGGAUGCCUUAGUGUCGCGGAAGUCCAUCAAGCACUUGGGUUGGACGCUCUCAAAAAUAGAACUUUCCAAAUAUUCAAAACUUCCGCGACAAAAGGCGAAGGGCUUGAUCAAGCCAUGGACUGGUUGUCGAAUGCGCUACAGAGUAGAAAAUGAUCAAUAUUACAUCACAGUUAUUUAUAUUCGAGCCUUACAAGGGGACUAGUCAUACGACUGUCGCUCUGAAUAUGCCGUCGGAUUGCCGCUGGCAUGCGAUGUUUUGUUUAUUUAUUAUAAUAAUUAUAUUUUAAAUAUUCUUUCUUUACAAUCUACAGCGAGAUUAUUUGAGGAACCAUUGUACUUUUUCAUAACGCCGAACAUGUAAUGAUAAGAAAAUCGUUUUAUCUUUCUAUAUAAGCGAUUUAAAAUAAACUUAGAGAAUUUUUUCGACUUAGACUUUGUGCACUAAUAGGUACAUCAUAUAUCGCUAUAACUUUGUUAAUAAUUGUUUGAUUAAAAUAAUUGAUUUGCUUAAUUCAUUUGAUAUUAAUACGGAUAUCGAAUUACAAAUUAUUUGUAAUGGGAACACAAGUAUAUUGAUCAAAUAUACAUCUCGAUUACCAAACAAAAA